AUGGCAGACUACCGCGCAGGGAAGGCGGGCAUCAACGCAGAGGCACAGGAGAGGAUCAACAGCAAAUACAACGACGACAUCGCCCACGAAACCCUCGAAUGGAUCAAGAAGCUGACCGGUGCCCCGGCCGACACCAGCGGCAGCGCAGAUAACCUCUACGAGGUCCUCAAGGACGGCACGCUGCUGUGCAAACUGGUGAACGCGAUACAAGAGGGCUCCGUAAAGAAGAUCAACCAGUCCACGAUGGCGUUCAAGUGCAUGGAGAAUAUAAAUGCGUUCCUCGAGGCGGCGAAGAAGCUGGGCGUGCCGCCGCAGGAGACCUUCCAGACGAUCGACCUGUGGGAGAGACAGAACCUGUAUUCGGUCGUGAUAUGCCUGCAGUCGCUGGGCAGGAAGGCCGGCAACUACGGCAAGCCGUCCAUCGGGCCGAAGGAAGCGGAUAAGAACGUUCGAGACUUCAGCGAAGAGCAGCUGAAGGCGGGCCAAAACGUAAUUUCCCUGCAGUACGGCACAAACAAGGGCCAACAGUCCGGCAUCUCGUUCGGCAACAGGCGUCAGAUG